GGAGCGGAGCGAGGCUGCAGCUGAGGCGGGGUUGGAUGGCCACAGGGGCGCCGGGGAGCAGCGUCCGACUUGUCGUCUCGGGCCCCCAUGGUCCCCUAACGGAGCCCUGGGGGGCGCUACGCGCCACACUCCGCUCUCGCCAGUCCUGCGCCUCCCGGAGCCUCGGGUCUGAGGUGGGAGUGUGAUGUGAGUCGCCGGGCGAGCGGCUGAGAGAAGUGCCAAGAGGAGGAGGGAUCGGCACCGGAGAGGAGAGCGAGUUAGGCAGCAGAGCAUUUUGCAAACAGCAGUAGCCACAGAAUAAGCGGCGAGCCUGUUGAAAGAACCCACACGUGUAUUUUACAGCACCCUGGGUGGAAAUUGGAUGUGAAAAUGAAGCCAGACCGAGUUGCCUAAACACAGCAGAGUUGGUGAGAGGAGCAAAGACAACAGGAUAGUGCUGCCAAGUAGACAGGAAGCCGUAGUGGACCUAGUGAGCAGGGGCGGCUGAGCACACCCUCCGUCCAAUCAGCUGUGAGUGCUGUUGCUAUGUGCACUCUUACUCUGCUGCCUUUGUGAAAACCUUAGAGGGAAAGCGGAAUCAGCACCCACCACUGAACGUUUUAACCACUGCAGACAUCUGGAUCCCUCAGUUACUGACUGUAUAGCAAUUGACAGCCAGAAGGCAACUUCUUUUAUACAAGGAUUCCAGUAUGGUUUUCAGUGGAAACAAAAGGCUUCACAGAGAAGAUACUCUAGAUGAAUAUUUUGAAUACGAUGCAGAGGAGUUCUUGAUCUCUUUGGCCUUGUUAAUAACAGAAGGACGAACACCUGAAUGUUCUGUAAAAGGUCGCUCAGAAAGUUUCCAUUGCCCUCCAGCACAGUCCUGUUACCCAGUAACUACCAAACAUGAAUGUAGUGACAAGCUGGCCCAGUGUCGCCAAGCCAGACGAACCAGGUCUGAGGUCGCAUUGUUGUGGAAGAAUAACCUUCCAAUCAUGGUAGAAGUUAUGCUCCUGCCAGACUGCUGCUACAGCGAUGAUGGACCCACCACAGAUGGGAUUGAUCUCAACGAUCCUGCAAUUAAGCAAGAUGCAUUAUUAUUAGAAAGAUGGGUAUUGGAGCCAGUUCCUCGACAAAAUGGCGAUCGAUUUAUUGAAGAGAAGACUCUUCUAUUGGCUGUCCGUUCAUUUGUGUUUUUUUCUCAGUUGAGUGCUUGGCUGAGUGUUUCUCAUGGUGCUAUUCCACGAAAUAUUCUUUACAGAAUCAGUGCUGCUGAUGUAGACCUACAGUGGAAUUUUUCACAGACUCCAAUUGAACAUGUGUUUCCUGUUCCCAAUGUCUCUCACAAUGUGGCCUUGAAAGUCAGCGUUCAGUCCUUGCCCAGACAAUCUAAUUACCCAGUUUUGACAUGUAGUAUUCACAGUAAUAUUGGCCUUUAUGAGAAAAAAAUUCAAGAACAUGAACUAAAGGCCCAUCAGCAUCGCAAUUCUAAUGAAGCAGAACAGUGUAGUACAAACAGUUUACAGCGUCUGUGUAGCAAACAAACUUGGACCAUGGCACCCGAAAGCGUAUUGCAUGCAAAAAAUGGCACACCUCCAGAAUAUACUGCAGCUGUCAAAAAUGGCAAACUACAUCCAGGCACUGGCAGACAAUCUGACUAUGGAACUUGUCAAGCCAACAUUCUGGGCUUCGGUGGUAAAGGAGAUAAAAAGUCACAUGAAACAUCAGUAAGAACUUUAAAAUCAUUUUCAAUGAUUGAUUCCAGUGUCUGUAGUCAUCAGAGUUCCUGGCAGUCAGUUGGUGAGACUAAUCCUUUAAUAGACUCUUUAAUUCAGGAUCGACAAGAAGUUAUUGCAAGAAUUGCUCAGCAUUUGAUUCAUUGUGAUCCAAGCAGCUCACAUGUUUCUGGACAUGCAUUUAAUACCCAAGACUCUAGUUCACUGAAUUCAAAACUUUUCCGGGUUUCACAAGAAAAUGAAAAUGUGAGGAAACUCAAAGAAACUUUCUCUAUUUCAUUUGGUAGUCCAGAGCUUGCAUCCUCAGAAGAUACCAAUGAGGGGAAAAUCCGAGUAAAACCAGAAAUUCCCCGAAGUGAAACUUGCACUUCUAAUCGUUUUUAUUCUCAUCGGUCUGUUGGUGAGACUAACCCUUUAAUAGGCUCAUUACUCCAGGAGCGGCAAGAUGUUAUUGCAAGGAUUGCUCAGCACUUGGAGCAUAUAGAUCCAACAGCGUCACAUAUGCCCUCACAAUCAUUCAACAUGCGUGACUCGACUUUGGUUCCUUCUAAAGUGUUUAGGAGUUCAUAUGAAGACAAAAAUUUGCUGAAGAAAAACAAGGGUGACACUUCUGUUUCCAUUUCUAAUACAAAACUUUCCUUAUUAGAAGACUGCAGUGAAGGGGAAAACUUAAUACAUACUAAAUAUUUUAGUCCUUUUAAAUGCAAUAGUAAAGUCAAGUCCUCUUUGAAACCUCAAAUAAGAAGAAAUUUGUACCAGGACAAUCCUAGUGAAGUCAUCCAAAGUACAUUUCAAAGCAUACAGAACAGAGCCAGUAGCUUAUUGGCUCCCUCAGAUAUGUCUCAUUGCAAAGAAAAUAACUUAGAUUUGACAAUCAGAUUGGAAAAUACUCUCUCUGAGUGUCAAUUUAAAGAGCAAGAAAUUAUCAAUGGAAAUGAUAAACGGUAUUCAAAUUGCAACAGUAUUGACAAACAGAUUUGCACAGAUAAUUUUAAGGAAAAAACAAUAAAAAAUGAAAAUUGUAAUCCAGAAUCUUUUAACAAUCACCAAUUUGAUAAUUCCAAAACUAAUGACUCAAAAAUAAAAAUUACUACAUUGGAAGUGUCUGGAUAUUUGAACAAACAUGAAAGCAACUGUUCAAAUAAAGACUCCAAAAGGCCUACAACGUGUGAGCAAAAUAUGCAACUUAAUAGCAUAGAAAAUUAUCUCAAUAAAGACAAUGAAGGUUUCAAAUGCAAAAAGCCAGGCCAAUUAAAAAAUGAACAGGAUAAGAAAGAAGAUCCAAUUGAUGAAAGAUUUCAGAAGUGUUCUCAGAGAGAGAGCAUAAAAGACUGUUUAUCUACAUGUGAACGACUGAAAAAUACAGAGGUGUUGCAGAGGACUGUACCGCUGAAACAUUCAAAUGUCUGGCGGAAACAUAAUUUUCAUUCCUUAGAUGGAACCUCAACCAGAGCCUUUCAUCCUCGGACUGGAUUGCCUCUUCUUUCAAGUCCUGUUCCUCAAAGAAAGACACAAUCAGGUUGCUUUGAUUUGGAUUCUUCAUUACUGCAUCUGAAAAGCUUAUCAUCUAAAAGCCCCCGGCCAUGUUUAAACAUUGAAGAUGAUCCAGAAAUUCAUGAAAAACCAUUUCUGAGUUCUAGUGCUCCACCUAUAACAAGUCUUAGUCUCCUAGGAAAUUUUGAGGAAUCUGUCUUGAACUAUCGUUUAGAUCCCCUCGGCAUUGUUGAUGGCUUUACUGCUGAGGUCGGGGCAAGUGGUGUUUUCUGCCCCACACAUUUGAUUCUUCCAGUUGAAGUGUCAUUCUACAGUGUUUCAGAUGAUAAUGCUCCCUCUCCUUAUAUGGGUGUGAUCACUUUAGAGUCCCUUGGUAAAAGGGGUUAUCGAGUACCUCCUUCAGGAACAAUACAAGUGACCUUAUUUAAUCCUAAUAAGACUGUGGUGAAGAUGUUUGUUGUGAUAUAUGACUUACGAGAUAUGCCAGCCAAUCAUCAGACAUUCCUUCGACAAAGAACUUUUUCUGUACCAGUUAAACAAGAAAUGAAGAGAGGUGUUAAUAAAGAGAACAUUCGGCAUACAGAAGAACGGUUAUUACGCUACCUCAUUCAUCUGAGGUUCCAGAGUUCUAAAUCUGGAAAGAUCUACCUCCAUAGAGAUGUACGUCUCCUGUUCUCUAGAAAGUCAAUGGAAGUUGAUAGCGGUGCUGCAUAUGAACUCAAAUCUUACACUGAAUCGCCAACAAACCCUCAAUUUUCACCAAGAUGUUGAUGAGGCGUGACAAUUUAAAAGCAUUUCCUCAGUACCCAAGUUUGAAAGUAAAAAUUAGCAUAGAACGGAGUGUACCAAAUUAACAACCAGGAGAGUGGAUCCUCUCCUGUUAUCCUGGACCAGUUUUUAUUGAAGGAUUCCUGGAAUGAGAUCCACAUAUUCCAAGUAGACUGGAAACACUCAUGUCCUAAGCCUUUUUGUACUGUUGAAACCACUUCAUGGGACAUGUUGCAAUAGCAAAACCCUCGUUAGAUUAGUGUUUACACAUUUUAUUUCUCAGUUAUUUAAUAUUUAAUGUUUUCCUUAAUACUCAAGUGAUAUUUGUCUCUAGUGUUCUAAUGUAGCACAAAUCCUAUGUAAAAUCAUACUAUGUAUUUUUGACGUUAAUGUUGAAAUCUGAAAUAUAUACAUAAGUCUUUAAUUCUUGUGUGAUGUGUUUUAAGUACUAUUCAUUUAAGUUACUGAAAAUGAGAAGGAAAUGUUGAGCUUCUUUAAGAUUAAUGCACUAUGCAAGCAUGUGUACUUUUUAUAUGUCUCAAACGUAGUUCUUACAACACCCCUUCCAGGUUGCUGUCUCACAUAGUAGCCCUUCAACAUUCUGUAUUGGCAGUGCAAUGUGGACUAAGCUGCUUCACAUCCCCCUUGCAAGUUCAGAUUAUCAUGCCCAUUCAUAUUCCUUCUGAAUCCCUUAUCCUCAAAGCAGUUCUAUUUUUCCUUAAUCACUACUACAGAAGCUUUACAUUAAAUUGCUGUCCCACGCUAGAUAACUUUUGCAAAUGGUUAAAAGAAUAUGUACUUUGAAAAAAGUAGUAUUUAUACUGUAAAUAUAUGCAAAAACCAAAAAAUGUGUAUUUGGCUUUUAUUUUUAGAAGAGAAAUAUGUGUGAUUGAGUGAAUUUCUGAUAGCCACCAGACAGUUUCUAUUCUAGGUUUAUAGCUGACAAGAGGAGAUGGGGAGAUGUCUUGAGCCUUGUCCUAAUUUACUUACUCAGGGUCACAAUGAAAGGCAUUUGGCAACUGGGAAAACCACCAAAUAAGGGAACUUGACUGAGUGCAUCAAAAGCUGCCUUUUUGUCCCCCUGAAAAAGGAAGAUAUUUGUGUGUGGACAGUGGGCAACAGCAGAUAACCAGGCACAAAUACUGGGACAAGGCUGCAAGUGCAGGUCAGAAAAUAGGUACCAUUCAAGUAGGGCAGACGCAAGAAACCUAAGAGUUGAGAACUAGGUGAGCAGUAUGGAAUUUGAGAGACUGGAAGGUCUUUAUUUUGGAACCCAGCUAAUGUAUAAUCUGUUCAAGAGAAUCUGGACAGAUGAUGAGUGGGGAUUGGCUAGCAAGAAGACUCUUAUAAAUUUAUUUUAAAAUAUCAGAAGAGAAAA